UGAGUGCGUAAUCAGACCCGCUGAAUCGAUCCUCCGUCGCUCUGAUGUUGAUGGCCGCCAUUGUGAGAGUGUAGAGUGACCGGACGGACAGAAACACUGAUAAACAUGUUUCUUUCUGCAGCUCUUCGGGCGGCGGUGUCGCAGGCGGGACGGCAGGUCCGGAGCCUGCACCAGUCUGCAGCCCGUGCUGGAGGAGCAGGGCUAUUUGUGCACAGAGAUACAACAGACAACAACCCAGAAACUCCAUUUGAGUUCACUCCUGAAAAUCUCAAGAGAGUGGAAGCCAUUAUAAAUAACUAUCCCCAGGGUCACAAGCAGGCUGCCACCAUCCCAGUGCUGGACUUGGCACAGAGGCAGCAUGGCUGGCUCCCUAUCUCAGCUAUGAAUAAAGUAGCAGAAAUCUUAGAGAUCGCUCCAAUGAGAGUGUACGAGGUGGCCACGUUCUACACCAUGUUUAACCGCCAGCCUGUUGGGAAGUACCACAUCCAGGUGUGCACCACAACGCCGUGCAUGCUGUGCGACUCUGACAGCAUCAUGCAGGCCAUCCAGAACAAACUGGGUAUCAAAGUCGGCGAGACGACACCAGACAAGUUGUUCACGCUAGCAGAGGUUGAGUGUCUCGGAGCUUGUGUAAAUGCCCCGAUGGUCCAAAUCAACGACAACUAUUAUGAGGACCUGAAACCCUCGGACAUCGAGCAGAUCCUUGAUGAACUGAAGGCAGGGAGAGUCCCACCACCUGGACCCAGGAAUGGCCGUUUCUCGUGUGAACCUGCUGGAGGUCUGACCUCUCUGACUGAACCUCCUCCUGGGCCUGGUGUUGGAGUCAGGGCUGACUUGUAAUCGUCUCAGAGAGACCAACUGCAUCAUGGGCCCUCAUCUAACUUAACUUGAGCUCUUUCAAAUAUCAGUCAUUUGUGAGUGUAAAUAAAAUGUUAAUUGUA